UUAUAAUCAUCUACUUUUUAUUCCUAUUUGAUAGUUAUAUAUACACUUGAUAAUAUACCAUCCUUAAUACAUAUUCAGUCUCUUUUUCAAAUACAUUGUGCGUCGAAAUGGUGAAACUUCUUCCUUCCUUACUAUACUAUCUAGGGCUUCAUAUAGCAACAAUAACCGCUAUACCUUUGGACAGUAGUAGUAAUGGUAACAUAAUUGGUGACGGCAAUAAAGUCACUGGCAAAAAAGCCAGCAAUAAUAUCAUUACACUACCUUUAAUAAAAUCCGACAGAAGAAACCUCAGCAAAAGAAGUAACAACAAAGCUGUCUAUGAGCUGAUCAAUGAACGCAAUAUUGAAUACUUAGCCAAAGUCGACAUUGGCUCUCCUCCUCAAGAAUUCUUGGUUUCUAUCGAUACCGGCAGCGCGGAUCUAUGGGUUCCUGGAAAAGAGUGCCCAUCCAAUGAAUGUCCUUAUGAUAAAUUUCAGCCACACGAAUCCAAGACCUAUAAAUCAAUGAACCUAUCUUUCACCAUCCAAUAUGGUUCUGGAUCCGUUCACGGCUAUUAUGGUAAAGACACGAUCAAUUUAUCAACCAGCAUCAGUGACAGUAAUAAAAAGGAUAGAACCCAAAAAAAAACCAAUCAAAAAAAGCAACAAACCAUUCCAUCACAGCCCUUCGGUGUCGUCUACUCAACAGAGGGUGGUAUUAUUUCGAAGGCAACUCGAUCUGAUGGGAUUUUAGGUCUCGGUUUCCCUGCUUUAACAGCUAACAGCGAUACCCCUCAAGCCUACGACCCUUUUGUAUUCAACUUGGUUAAGCAAAAAUUGAUCUCUGAGCCGAUUUUUUCAAUUACACUCAAAGAACAGCUGUUGAUGAUUGGCGGUAUUGACGAAAAUCAGUAUACAGGAGACAUUCACUACGUGCCAGUAACGAAGAACCUCAACCCUAAGACGAACACACAAGAAUACACUUAUUGGUCUGUGGCGCUCAAGAAUAUGUAUGUCGACGGCUCAAAAGUGAGGAACAGCGCAGCCUCUUCUGUUAUUUUGGAUACCGGCACUACUUUAUCAUACGUCAGUCAAAGUCUAGCAGAAAACCUUGUAAGAUCAGUUACCGGAAGAAGGCCUCGGUACAAUGCCGAAGCUGAAAUGUACGAAAUAGAUUGCCAUUUGAAGAACAAGGCUGUUGGGAUUGAAUUUGACAAUUCUGUUAAAUUGGUGAUUGAUAUACAGGAAUUAGUCGUGCCUAUCGAUGCGUAUACCUGUGGAUUCGGUAUCACUUACGGAUUUGACAGUUCUGACUCUACCUAUGUAUUGGGUGGCACAAUUUUACGAUCUGCAUAUUUUGUCUUUCAUAUGGAGGAUAGAAAAGUAGGUUUAGCAACAGCUAUUAAUUCUCCUAGUGAAGUCAUCAAGGCGUAAGACUUCUAAUUCGUUGCUAACUGUAAAUAGCGUCUAUCUACAAUAACUAUAAUAAAAUUUUACAUCCAUGGCUGUGCCAAGCUAUUUCUUUCAUGUGUGGGUGCUCUUGGAGAUACAUAAUUAUAGUCAAGCUUGGCGAAAUGUUACGAUUCCAUAAUUGGCAUAAGUGACUGA